UGGAGCGUUCACGAAAUCGUAUUUUGAAACAUUUGAAAAGGUUGGUCAACGUUAUACAACGAUGAAAUACUUUGCAAUUGCUGUGAUCUUUGGCUUGUUUGCUAUCUCCCAGGCAAUGCCUGUUGAGGAAGACAGCAGGUUAGAAUUAACACUUGUAGUCAUUCUGUCAUGGAUACGUUUGGGGGGAAGAAGGCGAAGCGGGACGACCUCGCCCAAUUGUGUGUGGCGAAGCCAUCUCUACAGAGAGAUUUUGAAGUUUGCCGCGAAUUUGCCAUGCACGAUCGGUUAUCAUGAGCCUCUGGUUUCGGUUAAUCAAACAUUCUAGCCUGUGUAAUUGAUAUAUUAGCUCUUUGUGACAGAGGCUCCCUACUAAACUGUCGACCAGAUCAAAUUUGAGUUGUGACGUUUGCAAUUCAGCUCUUUGGCUCCCCCUUCCACCCUUACCUGCAUAACGUGAGAUUGGUAUCUUAAUUCCAAGUUUUUCCCACCUUUGACGAUAUAUUUAAUUUCAGGGAAAAAAGAUUCAACCCGUUCUUGAUUGGUGCUUUCAAAUUGGCCCAAGGCGCAUGUAAUGGCAUCACAAAUUCUGGCCAACGUAAGAUUAAACUUAAAUUAAAUUGUUCAGGAAUUUUGUGUUUCAAAUCAGGGUGGUAUACUCCAAUGGUUAUUUUUGCGUUCUUGAACUAGUACAAAUUUAAGAUUCAAGGUGUACUUAAUCUUUAAGAUUCGUAAAGCAUGGCUAACUUAGGAAAUGUUCCUUUAUAAUACUUUUUGUUUGUGGAAACACCAUGUAAAUUUAUUACUGCAAAUUAAGCUUUCGAUCCGUAAGCCAGGUUCUUCAUCAGUGUUAAUAAUAUGUGUUUUACGCCAGGUAUUUGAUGUUCCCACAAACAAAAAGUCUUAUAUGUUUUAUCGCCAUGCAAUCCUACAAAGAACUUAUGUUCAGUUAUGUUUUAUCAAUAUAUAGUUGCUAUAUAUAAGUUUGCAUGCAUGGAAAGGAAACGAUGGUUCCUGGUUUACCACCUGGCUACAGACACUUGAAUUUUUUUUUAAAUCCUUACUAAUGGAAAUAGUGUGGAUCUUCGCUGAAAAUAGUAUAAGGAAAUCAAACUUUCAUACUAUAAUGGACCAUUCCCCAAUUAACCAAAAUUUUGAUCUCAACAGGUCUAGACAAAAUUCCAUUAUAGCAUGAAAGAGCAUCACAAAAUUAGUAAUAUUCCACCAAAGUUUCGUUGGGAAAUGUUAUAAAAUGCGGUAAUAUAGCCUUGCGAAAUUUGCAAUUUUCAGUCAUUUUAGAUUACAAACGAGAAAUGGUUACCACUUUUCCAAAAUUUUGGUAUUAAGUAGUCUAAACAAAAAUUUCAUCACAGCUUGAAAGAGCAUCACAAAAUUAGCAGUAUUCCAAAGUUUCGUUUGCAAAAUGUUGUAAAAUGCGGAUAAUAUAGCCUUGCGAAAUUUGUGAUUUUUAGUCAUUUUAGAUUACGCAAAGAAGUGGUAACCGUUUCCCGUUUGUAAUCUAAAAUGACUGAAAAUUGCAAACUUCACAAGGCUAUAUUAUCCGCAUUUUAUAACAUUUUGUAACGAAACUUUGGAAUAUUACUAAUUUUGUGAUGCUCUUUCAAGCUGUGAUGAAUAUGGAUAUUAUAGUAUGGAUAUAACUAUGGAUUUACAGUAUUAUAGUGAUGCAAUUGCAAAUUUCAAAGUAUGGAUUUCAUUAUUUUUUCCAGUGAGAAACAAUGCAAUUUCCGCAACAAUUUUACUAAAGUUUGCCCAGGGCUUUACAAUUUAUCUAGCAUUUAUGAUUUAUUUAUUUUAUGGAUAUAAUUUUCAGCUGUCGACCCCUUGAUCGGGAGAGCAUGCACUUGCUUGAAUGCUGCUGGUAAUCUUGGUGGUAUUCUUGGUAUCUUCGGGGAUGAAAGGUAAAGACGCAUUGCGAGAUUUUUUGGGCUCUACGAUUCCGGUGCAGCGCUAAGCGUUAGCAGUCAUGCACGCAAUUGUUACAGGGGACAUUUUAAUCUCUAUAUAGAUUAACAAAAUAAAGGUUUUAUGCAUGAGUGUUCAAACCAUGGAUAAUAAAAUAAAUGGAUAGGAAACUAGCUGACGUGACCUAAUGUUUUUACUGGGAUUGAUGGCGUGGUUGGAUGCCUCAAUCACAGAAUAGAUACUGGACCAGAAGUGUCACUCCUAUUUGUUUUGGCUGAAGGAAAACGUCCGGAAAUUUUUUUUUACGUGCUAUGACGCUAUCCUGGAGUGCACACGGCACUUUGUACUUAUGUUUUCUUAUGAAAAACUUCCGUGUGCACUCCAGGAUGGCGUCAUAUGAUGGCGUAUUUCACGUCAGCACUCGUAAAAUUUCGGACAAAAUAUCGUCUGAGUGACACUUCUGGCACAGAAUACUAUACAGAAGUGUAUCUCCAUUGUUUUUUGCGUAAGCGCUAUUCGUCAUGAUUCGUCACUCAGCAAGUACCGUAAACAGAAGCAGUCACCCCCUGGACGUGCGCCCAUUUUUAGUAUUUCCAGGGGGGAGACUGCUUCUGUUUACGGCACUUGCUGAGUGACGAAUCAUGACGAAUAGCGCUUACGCAAAAAGCAAUGGAGGAUACACUUCUGUUUAGUAUUCUGUGCUUCUGGUUCUGUAUCUAUUCUGUGCCUCAACCUAGUUGAAAACCAAAUUCUUAAAAACGGCAUGUUUAGCAAUAAUACAGCUAAACAUUUUAGUCAAAGAGCAAAUAAAUGUAACCACGCCAUUCUACGAUGAAAACUCUAAGUAUUCCCAGUCAAUUUUAGCAAAUAUUUCAAGCACUAAACAGUGAAAAAUACAUCGCAAAUUUCGUUAAAAUUUGUGACGCCAAUUUCGUAGCUACAAAUGUAAAAAAAAAUACAAAACAAAGACGAAAAACAUUUACCUUGAAUACUUUGUCGUGGCUUAGGCAUGUUUUUAAAACAAUUAGACCAGUUUACACUUCAAGAUCACCCUUUUAAAGUGGAAAAUAUAGCAAAACAACAAAUAUGCCGAGAACUUUCGUAACAUUCGCAAUACGCGUGAUGUCACGUUUUUCAACAAGGAUGCAGUCAAUGACGUCAGAAGUUUCCUAUCCAGUUAUUUUAUUAUCCAUGUUCAAACUAUGUUUUAACUUAAAUAGUUCGUCUGCGCUUUAUAUAGUGGACCAGUAAUUGUUUUGCUAAUUUUAUUUGCAGCAUGACAUCGGAAGAUAAACGUUUCCUCUUCGGUGGUGGUUUCAACCUAGGUGCUGCGAUUCAACAAGUGAUGAACAUCGUGAAAAAUGUUUGCGCCAGUGCACCUCCAGGUAUAUGAAACAUCCUCGGUCCCAGGGCCUCACGUCAGCCGUGAGGCCCUGGGACCGAGGAUGGGUAUGAUACAGACAUACAAGUUUAACGCCCGUAUUCUAAAAGCUCACUCAUACUCAAUAGGGCCAUUUAUACGGAACAAAAUAAGACGCUACUUACAUAAGACGCGACUUAAGUAAGACGCGAGUUUGUCCUAUAAAAGGUACAAAAUUCUUAUGUAAGACGCGUCUUACAUAAGAACAGGUCUUUUAGCAGUUCUUAUUUAAGGUUACAGAACACCUUUGAGUGUUAAUUUUGCCUAAAAUUUUUUUAUUGGUUUCAAUGAAAGCAUUAGACUAGUUCUACUAUCUGACCAAGUUUGAACGAAAAAUGUUGAAAACUCGCAGAGUUAUUUAAUAAAAUGCAUUUCGCUGCAAUAAGAAAAACAUUGAAAAUGUAAUGUUUAAAUUCAAUUUUCUCACGAAACAUUUUACGCUAAUUACUGAUUUUCAAACGAGUUAUGCUCCUGCGGGUUUUAACCAAUUUUUCUCAAAUUUUCACAGGGCAUAGCUAAAUACGUCAGUUUCAAAAUUGUGUUCGGCUUUUUUUUUAUUUUGGAUAUUUUAAAAAUAAAGAGCAAUUCACUCAAACAAUUCAGAAAUAUAUUGCAGUCGUCAAAGAAAUCGCCAUAUCAGCGGAAUGACGAAAUAAACAAAAAUUUCCGAACACAAUUUUUUAGAACAACUAUUUUACUGUAUAAAAAUGAUAUUUUCAUAAAUAUAACUUAAAACCAGCAGGAACAUAACUCAAAAGCGUAACGGUACCGCGACUUAAGAUUUUCCUGAAUAAUUCUUACAUUAUUUUAUUGCUUGUUAAUUUUCACAACUUUACCAUAUUUUGCAUGCACUGAAGAACAUUUGGUGAAAAUUUGAUGAAAAUCGGACUGAUAUUGAGCGCGCAGUAGCGAUUUUCCGCAAAACGCCAAAAAAGGUGUCCUGUAACCUUAAGUCACGUCUUAAAUAAGAAAUUUUGGACAAAAAGUCUAACUACACAUGCCAGAGACUUGAAACAACGUAAAAUUAUUAGCCUUGCAUAUUAAAACAAAAACAACCAAAACAACAUUAUAGCUAUAGCAAGUAAAUAAGACCAAAGCCGUAGAGAACCAUUUAUGCGAUAACUCCGCUUAUUUAAGUCGCGUCUUAUCUAAGUCGCGACUUAUUUUGUCCCGUAUAAAUGACCCUAUUGAGUGGAGGUUCAAUCUGAGCUUCUGUCGAGUGUCAAUGCUGUUUUUGAAUAGCUUGAGGGUUAGUGCCAUACCUAUGUGACUACUCACCCUCCAGCUAUUCAAAAACAGCAUUGACACUCAAGAGAAGCUCAGAUUGAACCUCCACUCUUUGAGUGUGAGUAAGCUUUUAGAAUACAGGCGUAAUAAUUCAUUAAGAAAAUUUUUUUAAAAAGUAUAACUCACGAGGUCUUUUCACAUUUACAAAAUUUUCCCCGAUUUGCAAAAACUUUUACCUCGAUUUUCUCAGUUCAAAUCACAACUGUUGAAAUCCUUAAAAGUUAUUUACAUCAAUUUUCAACUUCUCGCUUUCGGCUUGAGUAUACACUGCUUAAUUCUCUGUACUGUAUAUAUAUAUAUAUAUAUAUAUAUAUAUAUAUAUAUAUAUAUAUAUAUAUAUAUAUAUAUAUAUAUAUAUAUAUAUAUAUAUAUAUAUAUAUAUAUAUAUAUAUAUAUAUAUAUAUAUAUAUAUAUAUAUAUAUAUAUAUAUUACAUAUUACAUAUUACAUAAAGUUUGUCAGAUAUCAAACCACCUGAUUUCCGUCGUGUUUGGAUGCUCAUGAAUUAUUAUUAAUAAGUCUUUUUAUUUGUUUUUUUUAAGAUUUCGCCGAUUUGUGCCAGUGCAUCACAGGAUAAUUCUGCAAUCAACUAGUUUGUAGAAGGUAUGUUAAAGUUUUGUCAAUAAAACAGUGAAUAUUUUAAACGUUUUACAGUGGCGGGCCAAAACCAAGAUUAGGGCCCGGUGUGG